CAGUGAAGGAGAGUGCACGUAUUGACUUGUCUCUAAAAUGUCACAAACACCGCGAGUUUGGCGAAAAUUCACAGUGAAAAGCAAAGAUGGUGAAUUAAAACUACGUAUUCAGGACAUGCCGAGUGAUCGUUUAAACGAUUUUAUUGAUAUCUGCAUGAAAUAUUUCAUUCCGCAAGAGACGUGUAAUAAAACAGCAGGUAUAUAUAAAAGUGAGGAGGCUCUGGCGGAAUCGAGAGAAUUCGUCACAAGAAUGAUCAAUGACAUUGCUAAGAGUCCACACAACUUACUAAUAUGUUGUUUGGAUGAUGAUCCUGAAGUUGUUGGAGAAAUUAUAGGAGCCUCUAUAACAAAAGUUGACAAGAAAGAUGACCCUGAAAGAAAUUUGAAUUUUACGACAAAAACUAAAGAGGUGGGAGCUAGUUUUGCAAUAAUAAGUAAACUUAUCUCUAGAUACAACGCUUUGAAGGAUCAUAAGCUCGACAUUUUUCUUAAUGACAGAGGAGUUGUAGUAAAUCCAAAAUAUAGAGGUCUUGGACUUGCUCAAAUGUUCUUCAAUGUCAGGCGCCAAAUAUGUCAUGAUAUUGGAAUACCUCUCACUGGAGCCUGGAUGACGGCUGCAGGCUCUCAGAAGGCAGCAGCCCGUGAUGGAUGGGAGACGGCCUACGAGAUGACAUACGAAGAUUUCGGAAAAGAAACUGGAAUUGUCUUCGAAAACGUACCACCGAUAUGUAAAUAUAUGACCGGCAAGCCAUUGCAAAUGUAGUUGUUUAACUUUAAAAUAAAUACAUUGCAUCUAAAA